UCGAACGCGACUGCCGGGAACAUACAAUCCACUGCUUGUGGAUUGAUGCCCCCCAGUCAGUAGCCCGGUGACAUUGGCACUGGUAUCCUUGCAGUGAAAGUGCAGCCGGUGGCGGUGCAGCACAGAUUAUUUUAAUCUUUCAGUUUUUUGCCUCCUUGCUGGAAGUACUCUCUUUAACUGUUCUUGGAACGCCCGAAGCCGUUACUGAAGAUGUGUGCUUAAUGACAACGUGGUUUGGCGCGGUAUGAUGAAAUUAAUCGCGCUCCCGCAGCCCUCCGGGAGGCAACUAGGAAGGAUGUAAAAUUUAAUUUUGGAAAAAAAAUACGGUGAAAAAGUUUCGCGUUUGUUCCUCCCGUCCUACGUUGGGAGAUGGUACGAUGAAAACAGUUAGCAACAAAGAAAGAGCUUAAUCUGCCGGAGCGAGCUGGUGCAGUUUGUUAUGUUCUGAAGGAUGUGAAUGUGAAAUUGUGAUUUUUAGUUGGAUUACCGAAGCUCGGCUACACCUGACACGCGGAAAACGGUGGUGAAGUUGUUAAAAUAUUUGUUGCCGGAAAGUUAAGCAUUAACUGUGUUUGCAUCGCCAGCCAGAUGUAGGAGGCGAAAGUAUUCAAGUGCAUUCCGUCAGCGCUGGAUGAAUCUUUUUGUGCGAAUUCUUGCGAUUGUUGCGCACGAAUUGCUUGGAAGCACAUGCAAGCAACAGAAGGAUUAUAUACAGGCUAUUAUUGGAUGAAGAUAAAAGUGAUCACAUCAGCUUUAUUUUCAUCUCAGUUACAACUAAUGACGACUCAUCGACCCUGACCACAUUCUCAACCGCUGAGCCGUCAGGCUGACAGGCGCUGCAUAAACGUAACCUAGAACAAAAAAAAAACGGAGCGCCCUUAAGGAACCUCCGUUCAAGUGUUUCUCGUCCUAGCCCUACAAAGUUUCGAUCAAACAUGGCCCCAUCGACGACGGUACCGCUACCAGCCCUAGUCAAAUGGUGGCCAUGCAGUAUUGGCAGCGGAAGCUGCAGUAGCAGCAGCACCACAACGACAGGCUUAAUGAAAGCAAAUUUAUUCAUUGCCAUCAACCGAAUCAUCUUCAGUUCCUUCAGCAGUGCCGUGUUCGGGAUUGGAACAUCGUUCUUCUGGGCCACCGCUCCGGGUCCUACCACGGUUGCCGUCGACGGUGCCAUCCGGCUGACGCAGCGGAACAAUCAUGGAAACAUUUCCGAAUUAUUGGAUAAUUUAUUGCGCGGCUACGACAACAGCAUACGGCCGGAUUUUGGCGGAUCACCCGCAGUGAUAGAGGUCGACAUCAUGGUACGGAGCAUGGGACCCAUCUCAGAGGUAGACAUGACCUAUUCGAUGGACUGCUACUUCCGGCAGUCGUGGGUCGACCGGCGGUUAGCGUUUACCGGCGAGUACAACACCCUAGCGCUGAGCAUUUCCAUGCUUGGCCGGAUCUGGAAACCGGACACGUACUUCUACAACGGCAAACAAAGCUACCUGCAUACCAUCACCACGCCGAACAAGUUUGUGCGGAUUAACCAGGACGGCCGAGUGCUCUACUCUAGUCGGCUCACAAUCAAGGCAGGAUGCCCAAUGAACUUAGAAGACUUUCCCAUGGAUAUCCAACGAUGUCCAUUGAAAUUCGGCUCAUUUGGAUACACCUCGAACGAUGUCCUCUAUCGGUGGAACAGCGGACGGUCGGCGGUCGCAAUUGCCGAGGAUAUGAAGUUGUCACAGUUCGACCUGGUGGACUGCCCGGCUGGGAACGUUACGGAUCGUGUGGUGCACAAGACGGCUUCGGUGGGUGCCACGGUGAUCAACCCCGCUAACGACAUCGACGGAUUGGACCCGAAUGCUAAGCUGUAUGUUUCGGAAUACUCGAUGUUACUUGUGAGCUUCCACCUUCAACGUCACAUGGGCAAUUUUCUGAUCCAGGUGUACGGGCCAUGUGUGCUGCUGGUCGUCCUUUCGUGGGUAUCGUUUUGGCUGAAUCGCGAAGCCACGGCAGACAGGGUAUCGCUCGGAAUCACCACCGUACUCACGAUGACGUUCCUCGGUUUGGAAGCCCGCACGGAUUUGCCAAAAGUUCCUUAUCCAACCGCUCUUGACUUUUUCGUGUUUCUAUCGUUUGCGUUCAUCUUCGCUACCAUCAUUCAGUUCGCCGUCGUUCAUUACUUCACCAAGUAUGGAUCCGGCGAGUGCUACUUCAGUGCUGACGAGCUGACCUCGAGCUCCGAUGAAGACAGCGACUGUGGCGGUGGUAACGCCAACGGCGACCAAUCUCACCUGCAUUCAAUUAAAAUCUCAUCGAAACGGUGCUCGACGGUCACGUCCAUCAGUGGAACAGGAGGCACCGAUUCCAAAGUGGUGGAGGUGAUUCCCCUCUCGGUUUGCUCAAUCCCGGUAACACCCGUAAGAAAAUCUUCCAAAACGUCCUGGGCUGACCUGUCAUGUUUCGGUCACAAAGAGGAGGACAUUCCUCGUAGCUUUGCGAGUUCGUCAUUUUCGACGCCCGUGCCGUCCACCAAGCGGAGCUCGUUACAGCUGUCUCUGGGAGGGUCGGCGCAAAUCCAGCGGCGAAGGAAACGCAAAAAGCGAACCCCCCGGUUCAAUUCGGUGUCUAAAAUUGAUAGAGCCUCGAGGAUUUUCUUCCCACUGCUGUUCCUGGCCAUUAACGUUUUCUACUGGUUUCUAUACUUAUCGCGAAGCGAGCGAUUACCACAGCAGCACAAAAAUUGAACAGCUACAAAACCAAGGAAGCAGAUAUGUGUUCAUCGCAUCCUACAUGACAGAAAAGGAUGCACUAUUGUGGUGGAAUUCCUAUUAAAGAAUAUUUGAACAAAAAAUUAGCGCUGUAUCGAAUAAUUAGAAAAAACAAAUAAAAUUUAAUUGUUGUAUUGAGUGUUUUGAAUAUAGGGCCAAUAUGGCAAAAUGUAGAAGACAGCUUUAUUAGAAACAUAAAAAAUAAAUAAAUCAAAAACAUAUUGUAGAUUUUAGUGGGACCACGUACGCUUAUUUGAAUAAUAGUGAACUUGAUGGUUUGACCUGUAGUCGAACCACUGAUAGUGCAAUCGAUGCCAAAAUAAUGGAAACGAUUCACGGUAAAUGUCUGGCAAUAAAACAGUAUACGACAACAGUAUUGGAAACCCACUGUAAUUUUAUAGGACUUAUCGGCAAUAGGAAUAAAUGAA